AUGGUUCACUUCACAGCUACUGCCCUCUUUGUGGCAGCUCUUAGCCUCAGCGAAGUCAUGGCUGGCCCAACCCACCUUCAUCUCCAUCAGCGCGCUCACCAAAAGAAAGAUGUUGACUACAGCACCAUCGAUUACUCCAAGUUGGAUGUUGACUGGGACGCUGCCUACGCUGCUGGUCAAGCAUCCAAGGCAAGUGCCGCUGUAGCAGCCACACCAGCUGCUUCACCUGCUGGCGCCGUUUUCGCGGCGAAGGUAGGCACCAAGGUCAGCUCUGCUGUCGCAGCAGCGACCUCUGCUGUCAAGUCGUCCGGAUCAUCAUCUGGUCUUCUCGGUGGUGUCGUCGGAUGCUCAAACGACCGCACAUCAUUCGGAGGUCUUUCCACCAAAGCCUACGCUGUCGGUGACCACGCCAUCAACAACGUGGGAAUUCCAUACGGUGCCAACAUCAUCAAAGUCGACUCGAUCGAAGGAUACGAUUUCACCAACACCUUCGUCAACACCCAGCAGGUGCCAAUCACCGUCAACGUAUGGAACAAGGUUGGAGAGGAUGGACAAGACCUCUCUGGAUCCACCGAUGCGCCAAAGAAGACCACCCUCACUUUCGUCUUGGCUCCAGGAGCUUCGCAAAUCAUUGCCGUCCAGGAGAACUCCAACAUUGGUUUCGCUCAAGCAACCACCAAGCUCCGAGCCGACAGCGGUGGCUUCGAUACCAGCUUCGGAGAGAUCACCUUCUUGGCCAAGGGCAGCGGAUAUAACCUUUCUGCAAUCCCAAACACCGCUGGCAACACAUACAACAUGUCCAUCAGCAGCGUUGAAGCACCGCAAUGCACCAGCGACAUGAACAACAACUUCUGGUUGACUGCCACUCAGCCGAUCGGAACCAGCGACGGAAGCUGCUACAUUGCCCAGAGCACAGCACACUUGACCACGACUAUGGGAGGAAACAUAUAA